CGCAGCCGCAAAGCAGCGCCUCCAUCAACUAGAAAAAAUAAUCGAGCGAGGAACGUCAAACGAGUUCAUUGACCACCAUCCGAAUCUUCGAAUCUAACGAAAGGCAACAGGACAUGGCUUUGGAGGCACCUCAACCACAGAAUUCAAGUCUAGUUCUAAAUAAUGAUUCACCAACCGUACCACAACGGUCCACAGUGACCAUUUUGGGAUCCUUUCUACGUGGACGCCCAAGAGGAACUUCUACUUCACACCAAUUAGAUUUAUCCCCCAAUCGACGUACAAGCUUCGCACCACAAAACAUACUCAGAAGAAGAGACACAAACAACGACCUACCUUCACUAUCACCAACACCAACAUCAACUUCACCCAUGCCAGCACCACCCCUUCUCCGAGCAACAACCAUCUCAAACCCAAACCCUGCAACCCACAGAAUAAGACUAGUUCCCCACCUCGACAGUCGCCGCACACUCCGUUUCGAACCCAUCAGCCGUGAUAUCAAAGACAAUGACAGUCCCCUACGCAUAGGUCGCUUCACAGAUCGCUCAGGAAUAGGUCUAGCAGCAGUAAACGCCCUAAACACCAACAAACUCGCUUUCAAAUCUAAAGUCGUCUCAAGAGCACAUGCAGAGAUCUGGAGCGACAGCGGAAAAUUCUAUAUCAAAGACACAAAAUCUUCAUCUGGGACUUUCCUCAAUCAUCUCAGGUUGAGUCCUGCCGGAUCAGAGAGUAAACCCCAUCAACUCAAAGAUGGCGAUAUCGUUCAGCUGGGCGUGGAUUAUCAGGGCGGCACCGAGGAUAUUUACAAGAGUGUGAAGAUUAGAGUCGAGGUGGGCAGAGAGUGGCAAGCUGCUCCUAAUGCUUUCAACACAAACGCCCUCUCACAACUCCGCUCCCUCUCCGCAGACCCACUCAACCAACCACAGCCACAAAGCACAAUCGCACAUGGCAAGAAACGCAUGCCAAAGACCAACAUCCCCGAUUGUUGUAUCUGCCUCUUCGCAGUAACAAUCCGCCAAGCCCUCUUCAUAGCCCCUUGCUCUCACGCCUUUCACUACAAAUGCAUCCGCCCCCUCCUCGAAGCCCACACAAGCGCAUUCAGCUGUCCCCUCUGUCGCACAUUCGCAGAUCUAGACGAAGACGUCGAAGUUGAAAUCGAACCCUCUCCUUCUCCCUCCCCUUCAUCAUCACCAGAAGACGACGAUGUCGAAGAUGACGCUGCGUUGGCGCUGGGGAAAUCGUUAUCGCUAGCGCCUCCGAUGGUACGAGACGGAGCUGAGACGGAGGUAGAGGGCGAUGCGAGUUCGAGACCGCGUGUGAGAAUACGGACCGCUGGGCACGUUUUACACCCGCAUCCUCAUCCGCAUCUACCGGUGUCUGUAUUGGAGGGCGAGGACGAUCUUGACGAGGAGAUGAUGGAUAUGCUAGACGAUGCGGAUUCGGAUGCGGGAGAGGGGGAUGAAAGGAGUGGGAGCGGCAGUGGCAGUGGCAGUGCUGAAGGUAUGGGCUUGAGCUUAGGCUUAGGAAUGGGGGCGAUGGUGGUUGAUGGGGAAAUGGUGAAUGGGAAGCGGAAACGGUGACCGUUCCGUUCGCCUCAUGCCUUCAUCCUUUUACUCUCCACUGUAUCCUUCCAUUUCAUCUCAUCGUUCUGUUCCAUAAUGACCCCCAGGAAGGACCAAUAUUGUUCAUGAUAUCAAGGGAUUCGUUUUGUAUAUUUGGCGCGCAUGGGUUAUCGCACUUUUUACAUAUGAGCGGUUCUAUACAUACAUCUUUCUUUCCUUCCUUCCUUCUUUCCUUCCUUCCUUCUU